GUUGGGGAUAGAAGGAAAUGGUUAAAAUGGAGGUAGAUGGUAGUCUGCCUAUUAACCCGCGGUGGUUGGGGAAUAGCGAGACCUAUUUGAAGGAAAGAGAAAGUUAUUCACGAAUAUCGAAUUUUAGUUAGAUCUUUGUCCUUGAAAAAAAUGUCCGUCUUUUGAUUUUCUCGUGUCAGUGUCGGUAUUAAGACUAGAGUAAUAAUGGUUUGAAAUAAAUAUUGAAAAAAAAAAGGAAAAAGGAUGUGACGUGAUGUUGGAUUGUAAGUUACUUCCCUUGUAUCGUCAUUAUUUCCCCUUUUUAUUGAACCCUAAAAAAAAGUAGUAAAAAAGAAGAAUCAAUCGGUGAUCAAUAUACCACACAUGUAUUGACUACACAGUUCAAUCUGUAGUUACAAACAUUGGUUCAACGGGCUAUAUAUUCAACUGUCAGAAACUAUAUGACACCGACAUCUUUAUUUCAAAAGAAAAAUCGAGAUCUAGAAGCAGGUCUCUCUACAUGGGAGCCUAAAUUAGUUCAAAAGUGAAGAUGAACCUGAAUAGUUUUACAGCCCCGCCAGUCAACAACGCUCUUCAGCCAGACAUAUACAACAAGCUGGACGCGGAGGUCAUCGAGAGAACCAGAGUGGCUAACAAUCAGUUGGCCAUGCGGCUACUUCUCGAGGAAAAAAUCAUCAACAAAUACAGGAACGAGGCUGAAAGAAUUAUUCUGUUGGAGAAAACAAGAGUUGCAAAAGAUUUGAACAGAAUCUCACAAACUCUCCCAGCGAUGGCGCGGAUCCGAGAUUUUGAUGAACAGUUUUUCCCCCGUGGUACAGAUCGACCAACAUCCCAUCGAAAAUUUAAGAGAAAAAAGAAAAACUACUUAGCCGAAAAAAAUGAUGACGUCAUCUGCCACCGAUGCUACAUUCACCACAUGCCUCUCAAGAAGAAGUUCUACACCAAGGUCUCCCCACCAUCCUCGCCGACAGUCUUGGAUGCAAGUCGCGGAGAAAGUAAAGACGCUACUGACGCAGAGCCGCCGGGGCGAACAUCAGAAUCCGGGCUAGUGUCUAGUUCUGCACGAACGAAAAGUGCCAAAUCAAACAUUGACACGGACGUAUUUGACUCUUACGGACUCUUAGAUAGGAGCGUAUAUGGCCGGGAUCUAGAUUCCAAUGAGACCCCCACGCCGAGACUGAUGCCUAAUGAGCAAUGGAAAAAAAUUGUCAAAAACGUCUGCAGCCAGUGUCUUAAACGUGAAAAAACCUUAGCGGCCAAAAUGGACAGAUCCGGGUAUUCGCGUGAACGUACGGUUGGUUUUGAUAGGUCGGUGUCUACGGCCAACAAAUCGAGCAGUGAUUCAAUGCCGCCAACAAGGUCCUUAAGCCACACAUCCAGAGGCAGCUCUCAGAGACAGUCAAAGAGCAGAAGUGAGCUCCGGGUCAUGUCGAGGGACUCCAGUGUGCUGAAAAAGAUUCCAGGGCCAGAUGGAAAAGAAGAGCCAAUCAAAGGAACAAGAAAACAAAGUACCAGAGACGCAAGUCUCACCGAGCGAUCAGACACUUUGGUCAGUGUUAAAGACAGCAAGAAAACCAUGUUCCACAGCGAAGGAAGAAAAGUAUAAUUCCUGUCUAUGUGUCACGAAUGACGGGACUGCAUCUUCUUAGAUUAAAGAUAUAAAUAACGCGUUGACUUUUGGAGGUGAAUGAAAGCAUUUCCUCUAGCGUAUAAUUGUACAAAUAUGGUAAACAAUUUCAGUUUGAAACAACUUAAUGAUUGUUCUUGUUGCUACGAAAGAAAUACGCAUCAAUAUUGAGCUUAUAUUAAAGUAAUAAAGGCUUGUCGUCGAAUCUGUAGAUUAAGGAAGAAGUGCAUUAUCUCCCCUGGCUCCUCCGCUCUAUGUGUACUACAUUGAACGAUGAUAAAGCCAUUGAUCUGCAGAAGGUCAAUUCAAGUUUUCUUUUCUCUGGUUACGCCUUUCAUAGGUCGAAAUUUUUACUUCUGGUCUCAAAUAAAGGUACCAGCUGCCUUUGUAUGUGCUUAGAAAUAGUAACCAGUUUACUGGUCUAACACCGUCAAUGCAUUUUUUUUACUGAGCACAUUUUAAACGCUACUGAUCUAAAUAUAAAUAAUUUUUGAGUUAAACAGAUUUGCUAACUAUGUCAACAUCAGACGAUUUAUAUGUUUAUAACAGCAAUUUAAAAAAUGUAAAGAAAAAUUAUGAAUUGUAUAGGCCUAUCAUCUGGUAAAAUGAAAUGUUUGUAAUUGCUGACUAAGUUUGUAAAUGUAAAGUUACUUUUGUUAUCUGCUAUAUUUGGCUUUCAGAUACUUUUAAACACUAUAUUUCACCAGAAACAAAAAAAAGCAAAAAAAAAAAAAAAAACGUACCGUAUUGGAUAACAUGCAACUACUAUAGUAAAGGCUAUACCGGUAAUUAUUUCAAUGUUGAGUCGGUAUGUAAUUUUUGAAAAUAUAAAAUAAAAUAUAUUCAAAGUUGAAUUAAUUAUGAGAAUAUUUAUUGAAUGACAGUAGUUUUUUUUUUAAUACAGCAGCGGUAUAUGCACUCUGCCACACACCCCUUAUUAAGUGCACAACGAGGAGCUCAGUCAGCAAGCCUAAUUCUUAUUUACAUGGUGUAAAUUCAUAGAGACGAAGAAAUGCUGCUUUUUUUUCCCCUCCAGUUUGGGAGAUAAUCCGUAUUUUUUAAAAGACGUUAUCAUUGCUUGCUAUUUCAUUUCUCAGUUGGAGAUUUUCAUCUAUGUAGCUAAAUCCUUAAAUAGCAAAAUGUUUGGUGCAACCGGUGUACAGAAUGAAGGAAAUGUUGAUGAGCUAUGUUUGUAAACCUUCUAUUAUUAUGUUGGUGCAAUGUUGAUGAGCUAUGUUUGUAAAAGUUCUAUUCAUAAACAUAAAUAUUUA